AAUAAAUGCGCAUUAUUUAAAAUGAUAAGGAAGUGCUAGCAUUCCAGUGAUAGUUGACUUAGUUAAUGGACGUUGAUUCAACUGGCACCGUUCUUUGUGUGUGAGUGUGUGUGGCCGUCUCUGUAUAAGUGAUACAAGUGUGAGAUAUGGACACAGAGACCUCAGUCAAGGUGGCUGUAAGGGUACGGCCCCAGAAUGCAAGAGAACAGAUUGACAUGUGUUGCGUGUGCACCUUCUGCACACCCGACAGUCCACACAUCGUGCUGGGGAAGGAUAAAGCAUUCACUUAUGACUAUGUGUUUGAUACCGGAGCACAACAAGAAGAGAUCUACCAGUCCUGUGUGGAGGAGCUUAUUGCAGGGUGUCUGGAGGGAUACAAUGCCACCAUACUAGCCUAUGGACAAACUGGCAGUGGGAAGACCUACUCCAUGGGUACAGGCUUUGGUAUGGCCCUAAGCCCUGAGGAGGAGGGGGUCAUACCUCGUGCAGUAGCGCAGAUAUUCUCAUCCAUAGAAGAACAGAAGAUGCAAGCGUUGGAGAGAGGUGGUCCACAGCCCGAGGUCACUGUCACUGUCCAGUUCCUAGAGCUCUACAAUGAAGAGAUUAUUGACUUGUGUGGAGAGCAGGGGAGAAGGUUGAGGAUACAUGAGGACCAGUUCUCUAACAUAUACGUUGCCGGGGCAACAGAGCAACGAGUGGACUCCCAACAAGAGACAUUGUCAUGUUUGAAACAUGGAGCUCUGAGUCGCACUGUAGGCAGUACUAAUAUGAACGCACAGUCAUCACGCUCCCACGCCAUCUUCACACUGCACAUAUCUCACAGACGCCCCUGCAAACCUUCGAGUGAGGGGGAGGCCAUGGACUGGGAAGAACUGAGCUCCAAACUUCAUUUCGUUGAUCUAGCUGGCUCUGAGAGACUCAAGAGAACAGGGGCCACUGGAGACAGGGCCAAGGAAGGCAUCUCCAUCAACUGUGGUCUACUGGCUCUUGGUAAUGUCAUCAGUGCUCUGGGGGACAAGACCAAGAAAAGUUCUCAUGUUCCUUACAGGGACUCUAAGUUGACCCGCCUCCUCCAAGACUCCCUGGGGGGUAACAGCAAGACCCUCAUGGUAGCUUGUGUGAGUCCUACUGACAGAGACUUCAUGGAGACUCUCAAUACACUCAAGUACUCCAACAGGGCGAGGAAUAUCAAGAACAAGGUCACCCUGAACCAGGACAAAGCUAGUCUGCAGUUGGCUAAUCUAAGGUCCCGCAUCUCAGAGCUAGAGGUAGAGUUGACAGAGUUCAAGAGUGGUCGCACUAUCGUAAGUGAGGAUGGAUCAGUGGUGGUCAAUGACAUGGCCACAGAGAUCACCAUGUUACGCACUGAGAAUGACAAGUUGCGUAUACGCGUGAAGGGGUCACAACAAGUGAUUGACUCUCAGGGUACUAAGAUAGCAUCCUUGCUCACUGAGAGGGAGAUGACUUCCCUAGGACGUGCUGAUGAAUCAACUGGACAAGUUGUUGGUAGCCAUGGCGAUAAGAACAAGGAUGGCCUGUCGUCCGUUAUUCAAGGAUACAUGGAACAAAUAGAAGAGCUCAAGAGCCGGCUUGUACUGAGUGAGAGCCUGGCAGCUCAGAGCCCACGAUCACCAUUCAGACGAGCCCCCAGUACACUGGCUAGAGGGGCAUCACGAGGUGCACUCACUAGAGGAGCAUCACAUGAUAUUGAGGGGUUGCUGAGUGUGGCCAGGAGUGACAUACAGAGGCUGAGGGAACAAGAGGAGACCAAGGAGAAUGGUGGUCAUGUGAGCUCAGAGGAGGACUCUAGUGGGUCAGAGAUUGAUAGUGAUGGAGGAGGGGGCUUGAGUGAUGAUUCUGAGUCAGAUGGAGAAGAGAGUCUGGCCUCUACCAUUGCAGAGCUCUCCUCUGAGAUCAACCUAAAGCAGCAGCUAGUUGAUCAACUGGAGCGCUCUCAGAAGAACUUUGCUCAGAUGCGGAAUCAAUAUGAGGAGAAGAUGACCGUCCUACAGACACAGAUACGCUCAGUGGAGGUGGAGAGAGAUAAAGUACUCAAGGAGAUAGGUUCUCAGCGUGGUGGGGAGCUAAGUCAAGCAAAGGUCAAAGAGGUCAAGGCCAGCUAUGAGAAGCAACUCAAGGAUCUCAAGUCAGAGCUGAAGCAGCUCAAGACAGUCAAGAGAGAGCAUGCUCGAGCAAUGAAGAAGAACGCAGAACAAGACAGACAGCUUAAACUGCUCAAUGGCCAACUCCUCGAUAUGAAGAAACAGAAGGUGAAGAUGAUCAACAAGAUGAGACAAGAAGCCAAUGUCAAGAAGGUUGAUGACAGUCGCAAGGCCAAGGAGAUGGGUCAGUUGCGCAAGGAAGCACGACGAAGAGAACAUCAGAUCCAGUCACUAGAGUCAAAUGCUAAGAGACGGGAAGCUGUACUCAAGAGACGACAAGAAGAGGUAUCUGCUCUGAGACGUAAGAACAGAGUGGCCUCCAGUAGUACAGCAACCAGUCUUAGUAGCAGUGGUGUUAGCAGUCUUCUCACUAGCAGUACAGCCAGCACUCUUAGUAGCAGUGGUGUUAGCAGUCUUCUCACUAGCAGUACAGCCAGCACUCUUAGUAGCAGUGGUGGUGCUAGUGGUGGUGGUCUGGAUGGAGUGGCUGUACUGUCUAGUAGCAGCACUGACACUAGCUACAAGUCAACAGUGGUCCUCCGUGAGAAGACUGGGCGCUCAGUGGACAAGGUUAAACGAAGAAUGUCCUCCGUGUUCACCUCUGACAGUGCUCGCAAAAAGUGGAGAAAUUUUGAGAGAAAAAUAGUGGAUGCUAUUCUCAAGAGGCAGACAGUGACUAACAUCUCAGUGGACAUGGACAACUGGAUAGAGAAGAGGGACAGAAUCUCACGCAACCUCGAGUCAUUUAGAACCCAAAAGAAGUCUGUUCUCGCGUCAAAGAUGGUGGACGUGGCAGAGCUGGCCAGUAUAGAGGAAGACCUCGACUCCGCUACUGCUAACAUUGACUAUGUGCAGGAGAAUAUAGUAGAGCUACAGAAUGACCUCAUUGCUCUGGAUGAUAGCAAGGUUGAUGGUGACACAAUGGAAGCACAGUCUAUCAUCAAUGCUUGCUCUCCUCGUGAGGCCAAGUAUCUGCUGGAGCAUCUCUUGGAUGUGGCUCUCAAUCUGGGAGUGAAGGCUGGUCAGAGGGAGACAGAGGUGAAGUCAUUGUCUGCACGCCUCAAAGCUUCAGAGGUGUCAGCUGAGAUCAUGCAGUCCCUCAGCUCUCCACAGGUCUCCUCUCAGCUGAAAGUGACUAAGUUCAAAGGUUACAGGAGAGCACCCUCCUCUCCGCCAGUCAUGGAUCUGGAGGAGUUAGAUGAUCCUCCAAAAGCCAGCAAGUCCUUGACAAGUCUGACAGGCCCAGAGAAACAAACCACCAAACUGCGACGUCGUACAGCUCUACCCACUGAGAUACUCUCAACCAUGUCUGACAAGCGGAACCCAACCUCCAAAGGAGCAGGUAACAGUACAGAUGGUUCUGAGGAGAGUGUAUCAGAGGUCAGAGUUCGUCACGGGAGUGCAGGACCCUUUGACGCUAAGAAGAAGGGACUGAAGAAGAAACCUGCUGAGAGGGCCGAUACCUGCAGCUCUAUUGAUGUUGCCAGCUGUCCCCCUAGUUCCCCUGCCUCCUCUCCGAGGGGAGGACUCAAGACUAGCUCAUCUGAGACCAACGUAUGGGCAAGACUAGCACACACUCUGCCAUCACAGUCCAUUGAUGCCAAGGGCUCCCUCCAAGUAGAGCGGCCUGACUCCAAGAGAAGCUCCACUCAACGAUUGCUGACAUGCACACACACUGCCAAUGGACACACAUCUGCUGUCCUGUCUAUGUUUGCCACUCAGAGCUAUCUGUUCUCAGCCUCUCAAGAUCGUAGUGUGAAGGUGUGGAACCUCAAGACUGGGACAGAGCUGCUCUCAUUGGACAAGCACUUCAGUUAUGUUCGCAGUGUCACCUUCUGUCCGAGGACUAGCCUGAUCUUCACUGCUAGUCAGUCCCUUAUAAAGAUCUGGGACAUGCGUCAUCACAGAGCACGUUGCAUCAAGACCUUUGGUCCUCCUAGUGGCAGUGGAGAGAGCGUUGUGCAAGACCUCCUAGUCUCCCCUUGUGGGAACAUACUCUUCUCUGCUGCAGGCAAUGUCAUCAAUAUCUGGGACCUCAGGAAGUUCAUGUUCUGUGGUCGUCUGGUGGGCCACAAUGGAGCAGUGUGCGCCUUGUCUCUUAGCAACGGUAUCAUGGCAACUGGAGCAAGGGAUAGACUUAUCAAACUAUUUGAUCUCUCUUCACUUGACCUUUCAACCCCAUCACCCGUCUCGCAGCCAUCCAUGUGUACUUUGUACCCACCACACUAUGACGCUGUGUCAGCGUUUGGUGUCCAUGGCAACCUCCUCUUCAGUGCGUGCGGAGUCACCAUCAAACAAUGGGACCUCUCAGAGCGAUCACUCAAACACGCUGUGGAUGGUGCUCAUCCUCAGGGCAACUUGAUCAACUCUCUAGGUGUUCUCCCAUCUCCCCUCUCCCCUCUCCUAGUCAGUGGUUGUAAGGGCGGGCUACUCAAGUUAUGGCAGCCUGACUCAUGCUCUAGUAUAGGUGAAGUGGUCGCUCAUCGGAGUUCUAUCAACAGUAUCGCCACUAAUGACACAUGUAUAUUCACUGGCUCCAGUGACAAGACAGUCAAGAUUUGGCGGCCGUGUCUACAAGACUAGAGCUCUGUGAACAAUCAAACACUCAAUCAUGAAUGUUCCUCUAUUACAUCAUGAAUGUUCCUCUAUUACAUCGUGAAUGUUCCUCUAUUACAUCAUGAAUGUUCCUCUAUUACAUCGUGAAUGUUCCUCUAUUACAUCAUGAAUGUUCCUCUAUUA